AGCGGGGCAGGAGGGCGGUCCCCCCCCGCCGGCCGGGAAUGUGCCCGCAGGCGGCUCCCGGCCGAGUCAGGGCCGCCCCCCGGGCGCCCGGCCCUCACAACGUUUGCCGCCUCCUCGCCCGCAGGGCCCACGGCUUCUAUGCCAGGGAUGCUGGUGUAGCCCACAGGAAAAACCUGGGACUCCUCAGGAAGAUCAUGUGCCAGGAAAGUACUAAAUUCAAGAAUGUUUGGACAACUCAUUCUGCAUCUCCUAUUGCCUAUGAAAGAGGAAGAAUAUACAUGGACAAUUACCAGUGCUGUAUUAGCAGCAUUGCACAAGCCCCAAGAAUACUUUAUCAAAAGUCAAAGUGUGCUAAGUCAGAAAAAAUAGAAGAUGCUUUAUUAUUGGAAUGCCCGCUGGGGGAAAUGUUACCAAGUCCCUCAGAUUAUAAAGCUUCCCUGAUAGUCUUGACGGUGCAGAACUGGCUUCUACGUCUCUCUGCUGACAGUGGAGAAGUACUGGAAAAAAUAUACCUUGCUGGUUCCUGUUGCAAAUCCUUCAGGUAUCUGAGCUGGGAUACUCCUCAAGAGGUAAUGGUUGUAAAGACAGUUCAGAAUAAACUCCCUGCAGCAGCACGGCAGGCAGGAAUACAACAGUCUGUAUUGUUUUAUCUUGCUGUAUUCCAAGUUUUACCUCUUUCAUUCAUUGGAAUGCUAGAAAUAAACAAAAAGAUAUUUGGUAAUAGUGUGACAGAUGUUGCUGUUUCUAAUGGAAUCCUGAUUGUAAUGUAUAGCAUGGGUCUGGUCAGACUCUAUAACUUCAAGGCCAUUUUGGAACAGUUCAUGGAACAGCCAUUUGAUUUGGGACAGGAAUUCAACUGGAACGGUCAAGUGGGAGUUGUAGGAAAGUAUCCAUUUGGUCUUCCAUGUAACAUUAAAAUAACAGAUACCCCACCUUUGCUAUUUGAAGCAUCUUCUCUGGAGAAUGCAUUUCAAAUUGGAGGUUACCCUUGGCAUUAUAUCAUCACACCUAACAAGAAAAAACAUAAAGGAGUCUUCCAUAUUUGUUCUCUGAAAGACAAUGCUUUGGCAAAAAAUGGCAUACAGGAUAUGAAAUGCUGUUCACUUGAACCUGACUGGAUAUAUUUCCAUCCAGAUAUGUCAGGUAGAAUAAUCCACGUGGGACCAAAUUUGAUAAAAGUCUUGAAGCUUAAGGAAGUUAAAAAUCAUCCAGAUCAAAUGGAGAUUGCAGAAGAUUUUACGAUUGUAGCCAACAGAGAAAACUCUAUUAUUGUGUACAGACUGCCCUGGACCUGGAAGUGCAGCAAACUCCUAAUGAAGUUCAUACACGCUGGAUUAAAUACCAUAGCCAUGAUUCUUGCAAUUGUUUCUAUGGUAGCCGUGUUUGAUUACCACAAUGCCAAGAACAUUCCUAACAUGUACAGUCUGCACAGCUGGAUUGGGCUGACUGCUCUUAUAUUUUAUUCUCUCCAGCUCGUCUUGGGUUUUGCUGUCUUUCUGCUCCCUUUUGCUCCAGUUUAUCUCCGAGCAUUUCUCAUGCCAAUACACGUUUAUUCGGGUCUCACCAUCUUUGCAACAGUGAUUGCAACUGCUCUCAUGGGAAUCACAGAAAAGCUUAUAUUUUCAUUGAGAAAUCCUGCAUACAGUGCAUCCCCACCAGAAGCAACUUUGGUCAACUGUCUUGGCCUUUUGCUUGUCGUAUUUGGUUCCCUUGUUUUGUGGAUGGCCAGCAGGCCCCAUUGGAAGCGCCCCCUAGAAGAGAACACUAAAGUCCUGCGGCCCAUUGGAGGGACUCCUGAAGGCACAGAAGUGGAAUCCACAAUGACAAAUAGGAGUAAUGCAGAUAAAUCUGACCUGAGGAUCAGUACUGAAGCAGCCAGAAAACAAAACCUCAAAUUGGAUGACGCAGGCCAAAGAUCAACUAUGUAAAGAAAAUACACCAAAUAAAAGUACUAUUAUACUGCCAAAUCCUGCCCCUCCCCCUGGUGGGGUUCCUUCUAAUAGUUAUAUUGAUAUAAAAAUAGGUUGGGGGUUAUUUUCACUAUGGCUUGCUCAAAGAGACUCAAGUUUUCUGCAUAUGAGUUUAAAUUCCAGUAAGUCCCAAACAUAUUAUAUUGGGUCAUGCUCAGUCCUCCAUUAAAAAACAAAAGCAUGAAUGACAUAACAUAAUGGGAAAAGCACAUAAUUGGAAAAUGUUUUCCAUAUAAUUUCUUAAUUUUGUGCUUAUAUCUCUUACAGCCAUGAAAAAUUAACAAGAUUGAGACUAAAUUUUGCUCUGAGUGAUUUUGCAGGUUAUAACUCAGUCAUGAAGUAUAUCAGAUAGAAGAAUUUAGUUGUUCACACAUAAACUUUCUGGUAAUUUUCACUUGUUUAGAGCUGUGAUUUCUCUAGAUCAUUAAUCCCCUCACCAGCUGCUGAGAUCUAUGGGAUUUGAGGUCAUUCAGCACUUUGAAGAGUUGCUCCAUAAAAAUGACUCCAAUUUUAGUCUAAAAUUUUUAAUUCAAAACAAGAAAUUAAAAGUUUGCUUGAUAACUUCAUAAAAUGUUAUGUUUCCUUUACAAACUUGUGGGUUAUUUUUUUUUUUUAAAUCAGAACAUAUCUGUUGACUUUUUAACAAACUCUACCAAUUAUAUUGUAUACAGACAACA